AGGAGAGAAGGGGAGAAGGAGAGAAGGUUUGGGGUUGAGGGUGGCUAAUGGAGGAGGGAGAAGCCGAAGGCGCAAUAAAGCUGGAGUUCACUCCGACAUGGAUCGUCGCGGUGGUUUGCUCUAUUAUCGUUUUCAUUUCCCUCAUCGUCGAGCGUCUACUCCAUUACCUCGGCAAGUUUCUGAGGAGGAAGAGCCAGAAAUCACUAUUUGAGGCCCUUCAAAAAGUGAAAGAAGAGCUGAUGCUGCUGGGCUUCAUAUCGCUGCUAUUGACGGUUUUCCAGGGUACGAUUGUGAAGAUCUGCAUCUCCAAGGAAUGGACGGGCCACUUGCUCCCCUGCAAAGAAGAUUCUUCUGCUGACUUGGUCCGCCCUACCGGUGGGAAGCGUCGUCUUCUCUCUUCCCGAGAGUCUUACUGCGAUGCUAAGUAUGAAGUUCCACUGUUAUCGGUUGAGGCAUUGCACCAGCUACACAUCUUUAUUUUUGUUCUGGCAAUCACACAUGUGGUUUAUUCGGUGCUUACUAUGGUCUUAGCCGGGCUAAAGAUACGAGAAUGGAAGCAUUGGGAGGAUUCAAUUAAAAAGAACGACUCGGGAAGUGUUCCAAGAACAAUUGCUCAUGUGCACCAAUUUGAAUUUAUCAGGGAUCAUUUUAUGGGUAUUGGCAAGGAUUCAGAGAUUUUAAGUUGGCUGCAUUCUUUUGGUAAGCAAUUUUAUGGAUCUGUUUCAAAAUCAGACUACACCACAAUGAGGCUUGGUUUUAUCAUGACUCACUGCGGGAGUAAUCCAAAAUUUAAUUUUCACAAGUAUAUGGUUCGGGCUCUUGAAGCUGAUUUCAAGAAAGUUGUUGGGAUAAGCUGGUACCUUUGGAUAUUUGUGGUGGUCUUUCUAUUAUUGAAUGUUAGUGGUUGGCACACCUAUUUUUGGAUAGCAUUUAUUCCUUUAAUUCUACUCCUUGCUGUGGGAACAAAACUUGAGCAUGUCAUAAGCCAGCUGGCUCACGAAGUGGCUGAAAAACACUCGGCUAUCGAGGGAGAUCUAGUUGUGAAGCCUUCUGAUGACCAUUUUUGGCUACACCGUCCUAAGAUUGUUCUAUACUUGAUUCACUUCAUACUAUUUCAGAAUGCCUUUGAGAUCUCAUUUUUCUUCUGGAUUCUGACUACUUACGGUUCCAAUUCCUGCAUCAUGGAAAGAAUGCGUUAUAUUGUUCCAAGACUUGUGAUUGGGUUGAUCAUUCAAAUUCUAUGCAGCUAUAGUACUCUACCACUGUAUGCUAUUGUCACUCAGAUGGGGAGCUCAUUCAAGAAGGCUAUAUUUGAGGAACAUGUGCAGCUAAGUCUGAUUGGGUGGGCUCAUAAGGUGAGGAAGCGCAAGGUCCAUCGAGGCAGCGAAGCCUCGUCGACCAGAUCAGGCAGUGUGGGAUCGAAAGAUCAGUCGUCGAGGGGAGCUCAUUUACAGAAACUUGAUCAAGACGAUUUAAACGAAGAUGGUCGGGUCGAACCUCAAACGAAAUCUUCAACUCCACUGAACACAGGUCCAAAAUCAGUAUAG